AUGAGCGAAACACUUGACGCGGCGCCGCCGCAUGCUACCUUCGAUACCGUCCUCGUCUUGGAUCUAGGAUCCCAGACCAGUCAUCUCAUCUUGAGACGUCUGCGAUCUAUUGGGGUUUACUCUGAGAUGCUACCAUGUACUCAGAAGCUCAAAGAUCUUUCCUGGAAACCCGUUGGUAUCAUUCUUAGCGGGGGUCCGUCAAGCGUGUAUUCUCCCGAUGCACCAAACGUGGAUCCGCUCGUGUUCGAGCUCGGAGUUCCUGUGUUGGGAGUUUGCUAUGGCUGUCAACUAAUUGCAUGGCGAGUAAACCCAAACAAUGUGGCACCUGGCGUGGCCCGUGAAUACGGAGAGACUUCGAUGGCCAUUCGUAAGAUUGGCAACCAUGCUGACCGUCUCUUCGAGGGAUUGGGAGACUCUUUGAAUGUUGUAAUGAGUCACUUUGAUAAGCUCGUUCAUCUACCCGAUGGUUUCAAGACCAUUGCCACCACCAAGAACAGCGAGUUUGCUGGUAUUGCCCACGAUUCUCAGCCUGUCUUUGGCAUCCAAUUCCACCCCGAGAUCUCUCACACAGAGCGGGGAACUGACAUAAUCGCCAACUUCGCUCUCAAGAUCUGUGGUGCCCGAGCGGACUGGAAGAUGGACAACUUCUCAGAGCGAGAAAUUGUUCGAAUUCGAAAGCUGGUUGGCGACAAAGCACAGGUUAUCGGAGCUGUUUCCGGAGGUGUCGACAGUACUGUGGCGGCUAAAUUAUUGACGGAAGCAAUUGGAGACCGCUUUAAGAGCAUUCUAGUGGACACUGGUCUGAUGCGUCUAAAUGAAUGCGAACAGGUCAAGGAAACUCUGGACAAGCACCUGGGGAUUAACCUGACUGUGGUGGACGGAUCUGAUCUCUUCUUCAGCCGUCUUGCAGGAGUCACGGAGCCAGAAGCCAAGAGGAAGAUUAUCGGAGAGACUUUUAUCGAUCUUUUUGAAAUUGAGGCACUCCGUAUCGAGAAGGAAGCAGAAAACACACCGUUUGCCGGAAAGGUCGAAUGGUUCCUUCAGGGAACACUCUAUGCGGAUAUUGUGGAAAGUUUGAGUUUCAAGGGAGCUGCCAGUUCCACCAUCAAAUCUCACCACAAUGCGGGAGGUCUUCCUGCUCGCAUGCAAAACGGCGAGGCACACCUCAAGCUCCUUGAGCCGCUCCGAGAACUUUUCAAAGACGAAGUGCGGGCUUUUGGACGCCAACUGCAGAUUCAUGAGGAGCUCAUUGGGAGACACCCUUUCCCUGGCCCUGGUUUGGGUAUUAGAAUCAUCGGCGAAGUCACCCGCGAACGCGUCGAAAUUGUGCGCAAGGCGGACCACAUCUUCAUCUCCAUGAUCCGUGAGGCUGGAAUUUAUGACGAGGUCACCCAAGCCUACGCCGCGCUUGACACAAACAGAGCCGUCGGUGUGCAGGGUGAUGCCAGAGCGUAUGGCUACAUCUGUGUUCUGCGAGCCGUGACCAGCUUGGACAUGAUGAGUGCUGAGCCCUACGAGUUUGAGUGGAGUCUUCUCAAGGCUAUUAGCAGACGCAUUGUGAACGAAGUCGAUGGCAUCGCGAGAGUGGUAUACGACACCACGUCUAAGCCUCCAGGAACGAUUGAAUUGGAGUGA